AUGUCAGGCACCCCAUAUCUGCCAGACGAAAUAUGGCGGUUAGUUCUUCAGAACGCCCUUGACAGUAUCCGAUUCGAGGGGAGGUUUGACGUCCAUGUUCUGAGCGUUUUUGUUGAACGGGUGAUAUCAGAUACGUCACCAGGUCUAUUUUGUUUCUUGCAGCUGUAUCCGGCAUUUAUGGCUCGGGUGACUGUCGAACUAUCUCUUCGGGGCCGCUUUCGAGAAUCUUGCGGGCUUGUUAAUGCUAUACGUUCAACAGCGGACUACAUGGUUACAAAUCUCCCCUACGAUUAUCAGAAGGACCGGGAUGUACUACUCGAGAGUUGUGUCAAGUCUCUUUGUGGGGUGGCUUUAGUACAUCUUACCGAUUCGAGGAUGUCCGUGAAAUUACGGCUGAGGAACCAGAGCUCCCCUCGCAAAACAGAUGCUCUGGACCGCGCUCUAGCAGCGGCAACAUAUGAGAAUCAUGUUGACCUUAUCAAAAUUGUUCUGGAAAAGGGAGCAAACAUUGACCAUGAGGAUAUAUAUUUCGGAAAUGCUUUAUAUACCGCUGUUUCUCUGGGGAAUUCCGAAUCCACAUCCCUCCUACUAGAAAAUGACGCAACCUUGGCGUAUUGCGAUAUGUUAGGGAAGACAGCCCUGCACAUCGCCGCCAUAAAGGGAUUCGCCGAUUGUGUACACCUGAUACUCAAAUACGCACCCAACACUGUUGUUGAUCGUCUGGACCAUGCGGCGCGCACAGCUCUCUCGUGGGCAGCGGAACGGGGUCAUUUAAAGGUUGUAAAACUUCUCUUGCAGAUUGGAAAUGCAGAUCCCCAUACACGGGAUUCUAGAAAUGUCACUCCAUUGGAAUUUGCUGCCACCAAAGAUCAUUACGAUGUGGUGGAAUUUCUUACUGAUUGGAUCCGGAGCGACCAUCUUUUCGAACGGGUGGCGUGA